GAUCCAACCUGUUGGAGGCAAAUAACAAUUUUGCGCCAUGCCCGGCCGGGGACCGCGCCGCCGCCCGCGAUGUGCAAGGCCAUGAGCAAAGAAGCGAGCUGGGAGAUGGACGGACUGCGCGGCGACAGCAGCGGCGGCGGCGGCGGCGGUGGCACCCCCGGGCAGUGCCGUAACUUUCUCUCCUCGCCCGUUUUCGGCGCGGCGCAUACGGGCCGCGCGGCCGCCGCCGCCGCCUCGGGGUUCUCCUACGCCGGCGGAGGGGAGCGCUCGGGGGCGGCGGCGCGGCCCGACCCCCCGGCCAAGGACUGCCCGGGCUCCGGCGCGCCGCCCGCCGCCCCCGCGCUCGGCUAUGGGUAUCACUUUGGCAACGGAUACUAUAGCUGCAGGAUGUCCCACGGGGUUGGGAUCCAGCAGAACGCCCUGAAGUCUCCCCCACAUGCCUCCAUUGGCGGCUUUCCCGUGGAAAAGUACAUGGACGUCUCCAGUCUGACCAGCACGAGUGUCCCCGCCAAUGAAGUCUCCUCCAGGGCGAAGGAAGUGUCCUUCUACCAGGGCUAUACAAACCCCUACCAGCACGUUCCUGGGUACAUAGACAUGGUCUCAACGUUUGGCUCUGGGGAACCGAGACACGAAACAUACAUAUCCAUGGAGGGCUAUCAGUCCUGGACUCUGGCUAAUGGCUGGAACGGCCAGGUGUACUGUGCCAAAGAUCAGACACAGAGCUCGCACUUCUGGAAAUCGUCCUUUCCAGGGGACGUUGCACUAAACCAGCCCGAGAUGUGUGUCUACCGGCGCGGGAGGAAGAAGAGAGUGCCCUACACCAAGCUCCAGCUUAAGGAACUCGAGAACGAAUACGCCAUUAACAAGUUCAUUAACAAGGACAAGAGGCGAAGGAUAUCCGCGGCCACGAACCUGUCCGAACGCCAGGUCACCAUUUGGUUUCAGAACAGGAGGGUGAAGGAUAAGAAAAUAGUCUCCAAACUGAAAGACAACGUUUCUUGAUCGAUUACUUGCGGACAGUGAUGGAUAUAUAAACUCGAUUUACGACCAGCUACAGACUUUUGGAAAGACUUGAAAAUAUAUUUAAUUUUUUUUUCUUCUCCUUCCAGCGGUGACGAAGUUUUGUGAAUUGUUUUCUAUUUCCGUGAAAGUCGGCUUUUUUCUCUCGGUCGAAGGGAGUGCCGACCAACCUUGACUUUAUCGUUCUGUUUCUUCCUUUUUUUAAAAAUUAAUAUUAAUUAUAUUUUCUAUCCUUCCCUCUAGGCCAGUAUAAACGAAUUUAAAUGUGUUGAACGGUUCCAUUUAUAACUUUCUUAAACGCUUAACUCUUUGGGGAGGGGACCUGUAAUUUUUAUCUCCGGACAUCAGCCGGUGCCCAAAAGUGUCAGUUUUGAUUUGUUGUAUUCGUUGGAAAACGCGAGAAAGCGGCAUUCCCGCAGUCACCGCUAUCAAAACCCACAUUCCCGGAAUCGCUCCCGGAGUCCGCACAGGGCUCCGCGGAUUUCGGAAGCAGCGGCUCCGGAAGGGAAUUGUUUGCAGUGGGAUCGUUAUUUUUUUAUUAUUACUAUUUUGUUUUACUGGCGGGUAAUUUGCAACCAGUUUUUCCUGGGGUACGGAGCGUGGCCCCAGCUCUUUUCGUGGGAUCCGAAGGAGCCGCAGUGCUCCCCGCAGCAGCUCCCGGGGUCCCCUCCGGCUGUCCCGUCUCGUCCCAUCACGUCCCGUCCCGUCCCGUCCCGCCCCGAGGUGCGUAUGUACCUCAGUGCGGACCCCACUCUUCCCGGUCGGAGAACCGAAGUUCACCGCUAACUUUCAGUUUGCAAAACUAAACGGGUGUUAAUGACAGAAGCAAUAAAUGAUUCAUUUCAAAAGAUGCCAUAAUUUAUACAGGCCGAAAGGCUGGGACUCGGUUGGGUUUUUGUAAUUUUAAACCUAGCGUGCAUGUUAUGCUAUACACAGGGCAGUCAGCUCUUAGGAAAGAGAAGCGACGUCCUCCCUGUUCAUGUGCCUCGUGUAAUUAUUAAAUGGUGUGUGUUUCGAUCUAGUAUUAUUUAUUAUAAUAUCCUAUUGCUCUAAACACUUUGAUUUCCCGUGUAUGCGGUAAGACAUACAGUCAGACUAUUUCUCCAUAAACCAUUUUUAUUUUCCUUCGUGUCUCAAAGUCUGCUUUUACGUUGUGCUGGAAGCACGGGCUGAGCUUCCCAGCUGUUCACGACGUUGCCAAACUGUUUCUGAACCACCUUUAAUAAAACGAUUUCUUUUCGAUAUAUCUGGGAAAAAAAGGACAAAAUUGGCCUUCUUUCCGCAGCAGGGCGUUUCGGGGGCCGCAACCCUGCACGGGACCUGCUCGGGGCCGCGGUACUUCCGCGAGGAGAGACAGAACGGUGGGGGACGUGGAGGACGAGGGAAAGCCGUACCCGAGAGGGCCUUUUCGCUGGGAAGGCUUUUGCGAGGAAGAAAUGCUGCUGGGGAGAGCGGCCUCUCGCCCGCGCCCCGGCUAGCGUCUCUGCCUGCCCGGGGCCGGCCCCAGAGCCUUUGUUCGCCUUACCGAGGCUGCUCCGGCUCCGGUGGAGCCCCGCUGCCCGCCCGGACGGGGCCCCCGUAGGCUUCGCGCCCGGCGGCAGCCACCGGGGAGCCAUCUCCCGCCUCCUCCGCCCUCUUCCUUCCCCUUUCUCUUCCGCUCGCACACUCACGGACUUUGAGAGGGCAUAUUUCCCCCCUGAAUCGGACCCACAGAAAAACCGCAAUUCGGAACACUUGAGGUUUUGUAGCUAGCGAUGUUUUUUGUUCGGUUCUGGGAAAAUAGGGAGUUGGGGGCACAUCGUGCCUGGAGGAGCUCUCUCUGAUGCUGCAGCCUUGUUUUCUUUGCAUGAGAAAAAUUCUCCAGAUUCUUCUUUUUCGGGCUCCCGGCACCUCCCCCCGCAGCAUACCUCGGCCCCAGCGAUGCUGCGGGAGCGAGCUCCGCACCGCUCGGGCCCGCGGGGCUGCGCCUUCCUGUGGCCUCAGCCUCGAGCUCCGCGGCUCCGGGAUUUCGGAGGCCGAGGCUGAAACUCCCCUCGCGGGACAGAAGGAAGCCCGAGCAGGCCGGCAAAUCGGGACCAGCUGCAGUGGAGCCGCCUUUUCCCUUUUUAACAACGUGCAGACGCGUUAAGAAAACAGCCGCCGGGAUGCGGGGGAUUGCUGCGGGCGGGGCAGAGCCGAACGCCGGCCUCUCGGUGACGGUACCGGAGCCGGUGAGGGCUCCGUGUGCUCCCGGCCUGAAACCACUGGGAGCCCGGUGCCAGCCUCCGGACCACGCUCGGCCCGGCCCCGCUGCCCAUCGCACCCUGCCCGCGGCCGGCGGAGCUCCGAGCAAAGCCCCACGGCCCGCCGGACACGCGGGCAUCCGUGCGGCGGAUAAUGCGGACCUCGGCAGACCGGGCUGCGGAUGCUCGGUGGCGCAGCGCUGCGCUUGCAGGGCCGGCCCGGCAUGGCUGAGGCAAUCCUGCCAUCUCCUGGACAAGGGCUGGCAUAGACGGCUCCCGGCGCUUGCCAGGCUCAGCUGAGCCGGAGCUGCGCGCUCACGCGCGGAGCUUCCCGCGUCCUUCCGCUGUGGGAACGCGCGGGAGGGAUUGCGGGGUGGUCAGCGAGGAGGGUGAGGCCGAGC